GUAUAUCAUUCCAUCUAAUCGACACCAUGAGUCUCAAUAUCACCUCGGAUGGCUCGCCUACUCCACGCAAAAAUCGAUAUUCCAUCGCGGAUGACCUGAAGAUCGACACGUCCGCAGAGACGUUGGGUAUGGCGGUAGGCUCUCGCCACCCCUUCCCCUCCAGGAUGACUGCACAUACAUCUACCAAUUGGCGUCUUGGUAGCCCAUCAUUGACAUCCAAUAUGCAGGGUGUCAAGCGCCCAAACUCGACGUCUCUCGAGCCCUCGGUCCCACUCAUCGCCUCCAAUCGCAACAACAAGCACCCGUCCCAACAGCAGCAGCUGCUUGCCAAAGCAUCGAAUCGUGUGCCUGUCGAUGGCUAUAAGCAAGCAUCCUCGUCUGUCGUAGAUUCUCUUCUGAGGCGUCUGUCUGAUCAGCCAUCUCCUCCGGAGAAGUACCAGGACAAGCAAGGAGAGCCGAACCACUCUAACAUGGGACUGACUAAGGAGUACGAGAACUCUUCCAAUGGUUCGCUCUCCAUUACUCCUGCUACAGAUGAACUCUCUCAGACUCCUGUUACUGAGCCGGAUCUACAAGGUGUUGUCGUCAAUGCUGUUGAGUUGCACCGCCUCAAGAAUGAGCUGCUCGAAGCCCGCAAUGAGGUCGCUCGCAUGAACCAGGAACUUCAUACGACUCAUCUUACCAAGUCUACUCUGGACCACGCUAUUGGUCAGUCAUCCGAUACGGACUACAACUACUACAAAGGUGAUGUGACCGAACAAGCUAUCUCACAGCUUCAGAAUAAGUUCAAUGCAUCCACCCGUCCCGGCUACGGUCCACAAGAUGGAUGGUCCAUGAACCAAGGUACAAUCUAUGACAAGAACGAUGGUGCCGUUCAAAUGCACCCUCGGGCCUCUACUGCUCAGCCAGGCUUCCGUGGUAGGAACUCUUAUUUGAAUGAGCCCAUGCAUUUCCCAUUGGAUCAGGGCUUCCGUGGCGGCUUCUCCAAUCCUCCAACUCGUCCCAACUCCGCCUUCGACAACCCACGCUUUGGUCCAUUCCCUGGCAACAUGAGCCCCGCGGUUCAGCCCAUGUCUGGCCCUCCAGCACCCAUGCAUGCACCACCCAAUGGCAUGAAUAAUUUCCAGGCUCGUGCCAUGGGCCCAUUCGGUACUCGUUUGUCCCCCGAGGCAGCCGAAUUCAGUGUUGAUGCGAUGGCUCCCACGCCAUGGAAUGCUCAGCAGCCCCUUAAUGAGGGUAAUGCCACGUACGCUUCCACAUCUGAGCCCAUGAACUAUCGCCGUCUUCUUGACCGUAACAUGAAUUGCAACUGGAAGUACAUUGUCGACAAGAUUAUCUGCAGCAACGACCAGCAGGCCUCCAUCUUCUUGCAACAGAAAUUGAAAGUUGGAACUGCAGAACAGAAGUUCGAGAUUGUUGAAGCCAUCAUCGCUCAAGCAUAUCCGCUCAUGAUCAACCGCUUUGGCAACUUCCUUGUUCAGCGCUGCUUUGAGCACGGUACUCCAGACCAGGUUAUCGCUAUUGCUGGCGCCAUUCGUGGUAACGUUCUGACUCUCAGCAUGGACGCCUUUGGAUGUCACGUCAUUCAGAAAGCUUUCGAUGCGGUUCCCGAAGAAUACAAAGCGACUAUGGUACAUGAGCUGCUUCGUCGCAUCCCCGAAACGGUCAUCCACCGUUACGCUUGCCACGUUUGGCAGAAGCUCUUUGAGCUCCGUUGGGUCAACUCGCCCCCGCAGAUCAUGCGUUACGUCAAUGAAGCUCUUCGAGGCAUGUGGCAUGAGGUUGCCCUUGGAGAGACCGGCAGUCUUGUGGUUCAGAACAUCUUUGAGAACUGUCUUGAGGAGGAUAAGCGUCCGUGCAUCGAGGAAGUCCUCGCUAGCAUCGAUGUCAUCGCUCAUGGUCAAUUUGGCAACUGGUGCAUUCAACAUAUUUGUGAGCAUGGAGCGCCCGCUGACCGUAGCCGUGCUAUUGAGCACAUCAUCCGCUUUGCCACGGAGUACAGCAUGGACCAGUACGCUUCUAAGGUCAUCGAGAAGUGCCUCAAGAUUGGUGGUAGUGACUUUCUGGAUCGCUAUCUUGACCGCGUUUGCGAAGGCCGUGCCGAUCGUCCUCGCAUGCCUCUGAUUGAUAUUGCUGGAGAUCAGUUUGGAAAUUAUCUCGUCCAGUACAUUCUGACCAACUGUGCUGCGCACCAUCGCGAGAUCGUCGCGAGCCAUGUGCGAAAGCACAUGGUCUCCCUCCGCGGUUCCAAGUAUGGCUCCCGGGUCGCCAUGCUCUGCUGCAAUCCGGCCCUCUCUACUCGCCCCGGACCUCCAGCUGGCAUGCAAGUCAACCGUUACAACAGCUCCAACCUUCAUCGCGGCGCUGGCUACACUGGUUUUCGUUAA